GCUGCUCCUCUCCUCCUAACCCCCACCUCCGCGCCACAUUCAUGGCCACCCCCAUCCCCCCCGCUCCGCCACCCAAUCCCCAUCACCUCCUCCUCCACAGACCGCCAGCCCUAACCCCCCCUCGCCGCCUCCGCCUUCCAAUUCGCCGCCCCCGUAUCGCCUCCGCGGCCGCGGCCACCGCCACGGCCACGGCCCCCGAUGACAUCGCCCAGCUCAACCACCGCCUCCGCGUGCUUGUUCGCCGGCGCGACGCCGCUUCCUCUGCCUCAUCCGCUUCCUCCUCCAUGGACCCCGUCCAGGCGGAGGCCUACCUCCACAUGAUCCGUGAGCAGCAGCGCCUCGGCCUCCGCCAGCUCCGACGGGACCCUGCCGGCCAGAAAGAGGAGAGAGACAGCGGCGUCGACGACGGGGACGAGGAGGAGGAGGGCGGCGGAAGGAGGAAGGGGAUGGCAGCCGGGAGCUCGUUGGGGCACCGUGUGGACCCGCGGGAGCUGGAGCCUGGCGAGUACGUCGUGCACAAGAAGGUCGGCGUCGGCAAGUUUGUUUGCAUCAGCGGAGAGGACGGCGAGGAUUACGUUUUCAUUCAGUACGCCGACGCCAUGGCCAAGCUGGCCGUCGACCAGGCCGCGCGCAUGCUCUACCGAUACAACCUGCCUCAUGAGAAGAAGCGUCCACGGAGUCUGAGUAAGCUGAAUGAUCCUUCUACAUGGGAGAAGAGGAGGCUGAAAGGAAAGCUUGCUGUUCAGAAGAUGGUUGUAAACUUGAUGGAAUUAUAUUUACAGAGGAUGAGGCAAAGAAGGUCUCCAUACACAAGGCCUGAGGCAAUCGACCAGUUUGCUGCUGAAUUUCCUUAUGAGCCUACCCCAGAUCAAAAUCAGGCUUUCAUAGAUGUUGAGAAAGAUCUGACUGAGAGAGAAACACCAAUGGACAGAUUGAUUUGUGGAGAUGUUGGAUUUGGUAAAACGGAAGUUGCAAUGCGUGCUAUAUUCAUUGUUGUAUCUGCAGGAUAUCAAGCUAUGGUUCUCGCACCAACUGUGAUACUAGCUAAUCAACACUAUGAUGUAAUGUCUGAUCGUUUCUCCAGCUACCCUGAUAUAAAAAUUGCCAUAUUUAGUGGUGCUCAGAGCAAGGAAGAAAAAGAUGAGCUAAUAACACAGAUUAAGAGUGGACAUUUACAAAUAAUUGUUGGAACUCAUGCUCUUCUUACAGAACGGAUGGCCUAUAACAAUCUUGGUCUCCUAGUAGUGGAUGAAGAACAGAAGUUUGGUGUCCAACAAAAGGAGAAGAUUGCAUCCUACAAGUCUUCUAUUGAUGUUCUCACUCUCUCUGCAACACCAAUUCCACGAACUUUGUAUCUUGCUUUAACUGGUUUUCGUGACGCAAGUUUAAUGUCUACACCACCUCCAGAAAGAGUUGCUGUCAAGACCUAUGUGUCAGCAUUUAGUAGAGAACGGGCCCUAUCAGCUAUCAAAUUGGAGCUGAAGCGUGGUGGUCAAGUUUUCUACGUUGUUCCUCGAAUAAAAGCAAUAGACGAUGUAUUGCAAUUUCUCAAGGAUUCUCUUCCAGAUGUACCGAUGGCUGUUGCUCAUGGGAAGAAAGUGUCAAAGAAUAUACAACUUGCCAUGGAAAAAUUCUCUUGCGGGGAAAUAAAAAUUCUUGUAUGCACACACAUAAUUGAAAGUGGAAUAGAUAUUCCAAAUGCCAACACAAUGAUAGUUCAGUAUGCUGAACUAUUUGGGCUUGCCCAGUUGUAUCAGUUGCGAGGAAGAGUAGGAAGAUCGGGCAGAGAGGGUUUCACAUACCUCUUCUACACUGAUAAGUCUUUGCUCUCAAGAAUUGCUAUGGAUAGACUUGGAGCUAUUGAAGAGCAUUCGGAUCUUGGUCAAGGUUUUCAUGUUGCAGAGAAGGAUAUGGGUAUUAGGGGUUUCGGAAGCAUGUUUGGCGAGCAACAAUCUGGAGAUGUUGCAAAUGUUGGCAUCGAUUUGUUCUUUGAUAUGCUUUUUGAUAGCUUGUCAAAGGUUGAUCAAUUUUGUAUUAACCCUGUUCCUUACAAAGAUGUUCAGCUGGAUAUAAACAUUUCUGCACAUCUCUCUUCUGAAUACAUAAGUUAUCUUGAGAAUCCUGUUGAAUUGCUCAAUGAAGCAGCAAAAGCUGCAGAAAAGGAUAUAUGGACCUUAACACAAUUCACAGAAGAUCUUCGUCGACAAUAUGGGAAGGAGCCCCGUGAUAUGGAGUUGCUAUUGAAAAAGCUCUAUGUGAGGCGGAUGGCAGCAGAUCUUGGUAUCUGUCGAAUAUAUCCAUCUGGCAAAACGAUCAUCAUGAAAACAAACAUGAACAAGAAGGUUUUUAGGCUCAUGGUAGAAGCAAUGGCUUCUGAAACACAUCGGAACUCCUUAACAUUGACUGGAAAGGAAAUUAAGGCUGAACUUCUGGUCACUCUGCCAGAUACACUACUUCUGAACUGGCUUUUUCAUUGCUUAGCAGAUUGCUAUGCAGUAAUGCCCGCCCUUGUGAAGUACUAGAUUCUUUCAUCAAAAUGAAGGUUUGACAACCACUAUAACAUGGAGCAAACUAUUCAUGCUCACGAAAAUGAGAAAGCAAACAGAGGUAUUUGAUUAGUCGGACCAUGGAAGGUCCCUUCUUGUGGUGGUAUUGGCAAUUCAGGCAAGCCCAAGCAUUCCAAUCAUAUACAGUAUUCCUUAAGUAAACUCAUGAACAUGUAGCGUGACGGACUAUACCUAUACAUGACCUGGAUGCUCGAUGGAAAGGCAUGAACUGCAUCUCUGCAUUCACUGACAGUUUGUUUAGCUAGCAGUGGCUGAUGGAAUACACAAUCGCUAACCCCAAAUGCUGUUGAUCAACGGCGUUACCUGUCAUGGCAUGGUUUAUUGAACAAAUUUGAGACCUGAAUCUGAGAACUCGGUUCAGAUUCUUCGUAACAGAGAACAUCACCGAGUUUCCUCCCAAGUCUUCUGGCAGGAACUCAGCAGUAUUGCUCAACUAACUGGUACGUAGUGUUACUUUCCAACCCAUGUACCAUACACCAUGGUGUCGACUGGAAGAUUUAGCAGUUCGUGAAAAGGCGCCAAUUGGUCAGUUGUUCAUUCAUCAAACUUGUAAUGACAUUUCAGUCGAGAACUGCAUCUUAUUCAAUUUGUUGUAAGCUAGCAUGAAGCGAUCAAAGGCACUUGUAUGUAUGUAGUAUUAUACUCCCUCUGUCCCAUAUUAAGUGACUCAAAUUUAUCUAAAUAUAAACGUAUGUGUAUAGUAAAACACGUCUAGAUAAAUGUAAUAGAAAGUUAAUAUGGGACGGAGGGAGUAGAUCCCAAAACUUGCAGCAAUCUUUUAUGUAUAUUUGUACAACUGGGUAAAAGGUGUGCCCAAAAGCGAAUAUCCCAAAA